UCGGGGACUUUCACCUCAAGUCUAUCGCCCUCUUCACCUUCACUAAACCACAACUCAAGUUACUCGUCUGUGACUUCCACCUCAACUCCUGACUCCAGUCAGUCAACAUCCAAACCAACAGCGUCGUCUCCAAGAUGUCAUCAGCUCAAAGUUUGUUGGCUCAAUAGUCCACCUUACUUAUUUAAAGAUGAUGACACUGGAAACAUUUCUGGGGCCUUCAACGAGGCAAUCGAAUUUUUACUUAGUAAAUGUGAAAAUUAUUGCAACCCUAAGCCCGCUUACAAAUGGUGCGAAAACUUAAGCUCCAAAUUAAACUACAGUCGGCAUCAAGUAGAAAAUGAAAAGGAACUAACAGAUUGCAUGAAGAUGAAGUCUGGAUUUGACCUAGUGUUUCCAGUGCUUAGUUCCCAUGUAAUGAGCGACAACUUUCACAGACUUCGCUUCCAAGAUAUAGUAAGUUCGCCGGGCAUAGCUGUUUUGAAGAAUCGCGAAGUGUUGGUCAACAAGGCGAGAUGGAAUGUGAUUAAAGAGUUUUCUCAAAUAUGGACAGUCAUAGUACUCGCUCUGCUGUUAAAUGCGAUAUUUGGAAUUCUAAUUUGGGUAUUG